AUGGCUAGAGUGGUGAUAGUUGGCGCAGGACUCUACGGACUGAUCGCUGCCAAAACCUACCUCCAAGUGACGGGGGCGUAUGGCGCGACAGACUGUUCGGACAAGACCACACUUUAUGCAGAACACCUCCCAGCAUGCUUCGCCACCUCAAAUCAAAAUGCCACGAGAUCCCAACCUGCUCUUCUCAUCGUCGACUCGGCUUCAGGGCUCGGAGGUACCUGGACAAAGGAGCGGCUGUAUCCUAACCUCCUGAGCCAGAACUCAUACGGCGCGUUCGAGUACAGUGAUCUGCCGCUCAAGUCGAUUCUGCCAGCCGAGCAAUCGGGAGAAAAGCAAAAUCAGUUCAUCACUGGUGCUCAAAUCAAUCAAUAUUUCCAUGUGUGGAGCGAAAAGUGGGACUUGCAGAAGCAUAUGCGCUUCAACUGGAAGGUGACGAGGGUCAGUCGAUUGCCGUCCAAGGAAUGGAAACUGGAAAUUGAAGUCACCUCCAGCAUCCCAUCGCGAUCCGUCACUGUCAUUUGCGACAAGCUCAUCCUGGCUACUGGAUUGACCUCCGUCCCGAACAUGCCCGUCAUUCCCCUUGCCAGCGGAUCGAUUACAACACCCACAGAGAUCCAUGCCAAAGAAGUGGGAGCAUAUUGCUGUGAUCGUCUUGGUUACCGGCCGCUCAAUAAAGAGGCUCAGCCAACUGGAAUCAGACACCGUCAACCUCUUCGAUCCGUCGCAGUCUACGGGGGCGCCAAAUCAUCCUUUGACUUUGUUCAUCUGUUCGCCUCGAUGCAUCGCCACGCACAAGAAUUUCAACUCGACCAUACGCCGCCGGAGCCCGUGCAAGUCCACUGGAUCAUUCGCGAUAAAGGCGCUGGCGCAGCGUGGAUCGCGCCACCCGAAUCCAGGCUAUACAGCGGGGAGGUCACCGCGACAGACAGGACAGUGAGCACCAGAUUGUCGGGACUCAUGAAUAUCUGCGCCCAUCCCAUGUGGAAGCAGAUUUCUCUCGUGCGCCAGCCGAACAGCUGGAAAUGGAAUCUCCGCGCUGAGGGCUCGUGGCUAUACAGCCUUCUGUACGGCAACCCGCUUGGAAGGCUUGUAAUUGAGAGAAACCGGAGAUGGGCAGAUCAGGGCCUAUCAGAAUAUGUCGGAUAUGCUUCAUCACCGAAGAUGAUGUUAUUGCGUCCCACUAGUGGAUAUAGUACUAUCGAAUGCACAUCGCCCGUGGGGAUAGCUAAUCACUCGGACCUGUGGGACACCAUCCAAGGAUCAAAUGUGCAUAUCCACCGCUCGAGCAUCGCCGCGUAUGCCGGAGAUGAAUCCAAUGCAACACUGCGACUGGCAGAUGGGACAGAGAUACUAUCAAUUGACCUGAUAAUCCAUGCAACCGGAUGGAAACCUGUGGUGCCCAUCGAGUUUGAGCCUCCAGGACUCCGUAUGCAGCUUGGCCUGGCCCGUCCGCUUGAGAAUACGCCAGACCCCAAUAAUGUCUCCAACGAAACAUGCGAUAUGCUACCCGAAUGGAAUGAUUCGGACACGAUAGCGGAACAAAAGAUGAGAAAGCACCUUCACCAUGAUCGCACCGAUUACGAUGUAGAAAAGCAGAGCUACACGCCCUACCGACUCUUUCGCCGCAUGGUUGCGCCAUCUUUAGUGGCCGAAGGAGACCGCUCCUUCGUCGCUUUAGGGGUUCUCCUGACCAACCAAAUCGCCAUAGUAGCGGAAGUUCAGGCACUGUGGGCUGCUGCAUUCCUGACGGGAAAAUUUGAGAACCACCCAGGACACUCAAAUCGAACCAGAUUGCUCUCGCUCAACGAUUGCUCGUUGAAGGACCUGCAGACAUCAGUAUCAGAGGAUGUCGUCUGGGGCCGCCUGAGCGGGUCAAAUCUCUUUGUUGAUACUCUUCAGUAUAACGACAUGUUGAUGAGAGAUCUCGGCUUGAAUCCGAACCGUCUAGGAGGCGGUUUUUGGCAGGAGUUGACUGCUGUUUAUGGACCCUCAGCAUACGCGGGGAUUGUGGAGGAGUGGCUGGAGAUGCAAAAAUAG